AUGUAUGAAAAUUGUAAAUCGGAUAGAUACAGCUUCACAACUAGGCUUAAAAUAGAAGCACAAUGCUCUCUCACAGCUUGCGAAGUGCUUCAAAUGUUGACUGAGAGAAGCAAAUCGGGUGAGACUGCUGUAGCGUGUGCUGAAGAUUUGAAAUGGCGGCAGCUGGACCGACGCUUGAGAGCUAUUGAACAACCAGCAUGGACAAUUAGCUUAGCGCAGUCCCGUUGGCGGCAAUGCUCAAAGAGUGUUUGCAGGUGUGACGCAGUUCAUAGAUCAUUCAACUGUUGGAGGUCCGGCUUAACAGCGCUGACGGCGGAUUUGACAGUGCCUAUCGAUAUUUAUACCAUUGACUUAGGUACAAAUAAGCUCCGUACAUUACACAAGUCAACAUUCAAAGGUAUGCGAACACUAUCUGAGCUGGAUAUGUUUGACAAUCACGUGGAGUACUUGCCGUCAGGACUUUUUGAGUCACUUGUGAAUUUAAGGAUACUCCGCCUACAAAGGAAUUACUUAGAGGAGAUAGACAGCGAGGCUUUUCGCCACACAAAAAAGCUAUUCCACGUUGAUUUAUCUAAUAAUUUCUUGUACACAUUACCAGAGCGGUUAUUCGCAAACAACACAUACUUAGAAACAAUAGACCUAUCAAACAAUCAGAUUGUGUACAUACCGUCUGACAGUUUCGUGGGUUUACGCUCGUUGUUAAUACUGGAUCUGUCAAAUAACAAAAUUCAACAGAUACAAAACGGAACCUUUCAUUUGAAGAGUUUGCAAAUGCUAAAACUGUCAAAUAAUCAAAUAAGUAAUAUAACAGAGAGUGCAUUUGAGAGCCUCUUAUGCCUGGAAACAUUGCUUUUAGAUAAAAAUGAUUUGCGCUACAUCCCGACCGAUUUAUUCAGCCAUCUUUUUAGCUUGACCUUUUUGGAUCUUUCAAAGAAUAAUAUAAUGAGUAUAUCGGGAGUGGAGUUUCGAAAUCUUGGCUAUUUGAGAAACUUAGAUUUAAAAGACAACCUUAUAUCAGAGUUACCAGAUAACGCAUUCGCAAAUUGUUCAAGCCUGGAAAAACUGGAUUUAUCCAGAAAUAAGUUGAAAUUUUUGAAUGAAAGCACAUUUCAUGGGCUGGGAAAUAUGACGUCAUUAAUAUUUUCAGAGAAUCAAAUAUACGAAAUACAUUUCAAAACAUUUGCAAUGCUUAAAAAUCUUACAACAUUAUAUUUGGAUAGUAACAUGCUUCCUUCUCUUCCGUCGCGUACAUUUGACUAUAUGCCCAAACUCGCUAACGUUAAAUUGUCAAACAACCCAUGGCACUGCGACUGUCAUGCUCUGUAUAUUUCAGCAUGGGUCCGAUUAAAUGAAAUGAAAAUCUGGGAUUAUUCACCGACUUGCGUCUCACCGUGGUAUUUGGAAGGUCAUUUCUUGAAGAAAUUGAAGUUCCCAGAGCUUUGCACUGGGCAAUGGGCAAGCAUGGUUAAUUUAUCCCCGCGAUUGCCUAUGCAGCAACUUCUGGCUCUUAAUGUUACUGUUAAUAGGAAGCCACAGCAAAGUAUGGAGGAAAUACAGGGUAUGGAAGAUUGGUAA